GUUAACUGAUAUCGCUGUGGCCAUAGAGCGUAGGGAAGCGUACGUCUUGUGACUUUGUGGUAUUGGAUUUUCUUGGUGUGUGACGAUAAUUAUUGUCGAAUAAAGUAGAUUUUUAUUGGUGAUAAUAGUACUGACGCUAUAAUGGCGACUUCAAAAACCACAAAUACAUAUAAUAGACAAAAUUGGGAAGACGCUGAAUUCCCGAUACUCUGUCAAACGUGCCUGGGUGAUAAUCCUUACAUUCGUAUGACAAAAGAACGUUAUGGCAAGGAAUGCAAGAUUUGCAUGCGACCAUUUACAGUGUUCAGAUGGUGUCCAGGUGCUCGAAUGCGUUUCAAGAAAACUGAAGUAUGUCAAACGUGUAGUCGUCUGAAAAAUGUAUGCCAAACAUGUUUACUAGACUUAGAAUAUGGUCUACCGAUUCAAGUACGCGAUGCAGCAUUGAAGAUCAAAGAUGAUUUACCUAGAUCUGAUGUAAACAAGGAAUAUUAUGUUCAAAAUAUUGACAAUGAAAUAGGCAAACUUGAUGCAACCACUCCAGCUGGGGCGGUUGGAAAGUCUGCUGCUGCCAGCGAUUUAUUAAUGAAAUUGGCUAGAACCAGUCCAUACUACAAACGAAACAGACCACAUAUUUGUUCAUUCUGGGUCAAAGGAGAGUGCAAACGAGGUGAAGAGUGUCCAUAUCGCCAUGAGAAGCCUACCGAUCCCGAUGAUCCACUAGCAGAUCAAAACAUCAAAGAUCGGUACUAUGGUGUUAAUGACCCAGUAGCUGAUAAAUUGAUGCGCAGGGCAGCGGCUAUGCCAAAGCUGGAACCACCAGAAGACAAGUCAAUCACGACACUGUACAUCGGAAAUUUGGGCGAUGUUCUUACGGAAAAACAGUUGCGGGAUCAUUUCUAUCAGUAUGGAGAAAUUCGAUCUAUUACAAUGGUGCCUCGGCAACAAUGUGCCUUCAUCCAAUAUACACAACGUAGUGCUGCUGAAGCAGCUGCUGAGAGAACCUUCAACAAGUUGAUAUUGGGGGGAAGACGUUUGACCAUAAAAUGGGGCAGGUCCCAGGGCCGGCAGGCCAUAUCAGCUGCUGAAACAAGCAGAGAAAUGCUAGAGCCAGUUCCUGGCCUACCUGGAGCUCUACCACCCCCUCCUGAGAAUAUGGGCAACAAUUUCUUCAACUUGCAGGCUACACCAGGAAUUAUGAUGAUUCCUCCACCUCCAGUAGCACCCCAAUUCAUGUUUACUCCUCCAAUGGCUGCUGCGGCACCAAUUUUCCCACCAGGAACAACGCCAAUUCAUUAUCCAAGUCAAGAUCCUUCCAGGAUGGGGGCUACUCAAGGCAUUGGAAAACCGUGGCCAGAAGAAGAUUAAUGUAAAUAAUAGUAUCCCGUCAAAUGGGAGAAUUAUUGUAUACACUUGAUAAUAUGAUAAAUAAAAAAAAAUUAUGUCA